CACUCCUGCACUCGGUUCUCCCGGGUUCUCAUCAGUGCAGCCUCAGAAAGCAGGAGCAGAAACUGUUUCUCUACAGUCGGGAUCAAACCUAAACUGCAUCUCUAAGCCAAAACCAAGGUUACUUCAGCUUUUCAACAAGAACAGAGAGGCUAAAGAAAUGGAGAAAUUCCCUCAUCUGGAAGCUCUGCUGUUCACCGCUGUGCUGGAGACCUGUGUCGAACAGCUCGCCAUUCUUGAACAUACCAUGCCGGUUUCAUACGAGGGCAAGACAGAACUCAGCCAUACUGGCAGCCAGGAAUUGACAGAAAACAUAGAGACCCAGAAGGAGCCAGACAUGAACUCCCAAGAGCUUAUGUCAGCCAGGCAAGGGAGCAGGGAAAUAGUUACCUCCACAGCUCUGAAAAGCAGCGAACACAAGCAGCAGCUGGGGAAAACCGAAGAUAUGAAAAGUGCCCGUCAUCUUUCCAGGAGGGCCGUGAAACACAGCGCACUGCCUGUAGAGAAUCUCACAAAAAUUCAGGCUGACAGGCAGUACGCAAGUGAUGUAAUCACAGCCACUAUGAAAAAGAUGCAGGAAUCAGGAACAUUUAAUAGCCUAACAGAAGCUAAUGAGAGAGAGAAGGCAAAAAAGAGCAAGUUUCAUGAUGUCCUCAUCAGGGACGAGGAACUAAAGACAGAGAUAAAGGCACUUGAGAAACAGCUGCGAGAUGUCAAGAAAGAAACUGAAACAGAACUUCAGAACCAAGAUGAUACGAUUCUCUGCCUCAAGGACCAGCUCCGAGAAAUGAAGGCCAAAACAAACAUGGAGAUCUGCUACACGAAGAAAAACACAGACCUCCAGGUCCACCAAACCCAGAAAAAGUGCAGCAAUGCCGAGAAAGUACUGGAGAACAAAAUUCAGGAGCUGAAGAACAAAAUCGACAAGGAGAUUCGAGUCCACGUGGAGAUCGAACAUUUCCUCAGGCAACGCUAUCAGAAGGUGGAAGAGAAGCUGGAGCAGUGGGUGGACAAGUAUGAAAAUGACAUGGACGCUAAAGAUGAAGAACUGCACGCCCUGAACGCUGCAAAGACGAACAACUUGGAGGAGCUGAAGAGCCUGGCCAAGGAGUGCCAGAUGUUUGAGAACACCAUCAUCAGUGACCGGGCAGAAAAGGACGCUAAGAGAAGACAAGUAGAGCGGGACACCCUGGAGCUGAAGAGCGCUCUGAAGGUGCAGUCCUGGUGGAGAGGUACAAUGGUCCGCAGAUACCUUGGCCCAUACCAGGCACUCGCAAAGCUGCGUCAGCGACAGCUACAGCUACCAAGUGAGAAAGGGAAGGAAAAAUCUGGAGCAAAGAAAAAGGCACGAUAAGAAACCUGGCGGCAGAUGUGCUCCAGGGCUGUUGCUGGGCAGAGCGCUGCAGUCUGUCUGUCUGAAAGGACAAAAUAAACCAUGUAACAGAGCCA